AGCUGACGUUGAAAGACGUCACAAAGGAAGGUGUAGUGCACGAAUGUGCCAUCACUUACAGAUUAAUGCUGCAGGAAGACUCCGACGCUACGUUUCUGCGGCUCUUCGAAGCAUACUUGGAAACCGGUCCACAGUUGAUGCUUCAGGCGUACAUACUCCUGCAUGCCGUUUACAAUGAUGACGUUGAUGAAAAUCUCGCCAAGGUUCAACUGGUUUCCAUCUUCUCAUCUUUAUUGAGCUUGGCGUGGGCACCGGUGUCGUAUUACCGCACUGUUCGUCUCAGUUCAGCGGGGAAGGCGACGAUGAACUGCAGUUCGACGAUAGUGAGCGUGCUGUGGCAACUUUGCUUUUUGAGUUCUCGGUGUCUUGCCCUAUCGUUGUUCGCCGCUAAAUUCAACGAGUGGGUGUUUGUACCCUUAUCAGUGCACAUAGUGGUG